ACACCGCCCUCACACCGCUCCCCGCCCCUCACACCGCCUUCACACCGCCCUCACACCCCUCCCCGCUCUCACGACCCUGCGCCGGCCCAUCCCGACUGCUCCAAACUGCGCAAGGCGCUGCAGGUCGGGCAGGUGCGCGGUUCCGUGGCCCUGCCCUGCCCUGCCCUGCCCUGCCCUGCCCCGCCUGCUUCCCGGCGCUCCCGGUCCCGCCAUGGCGCUGAGGAGGGGUGUCCCGCCGGGCCGGCGCCUUCCCGCAGUUAAAGCUGGAGGUAUGAGAGUGUCUAAAAAGCAAGAAAGCGGACCUGUUGAGAAAAAUGCUAAACCUCCAGGAAAAGAAAAGUCAAGUGCUAUUGUCAGUUUUCCACAACCUCAGAACAUGGGUGUCUUGGUAGCAGAAGCACUGAACAAAUUCGCAUGUGUUGGAACCAUCACAUAUUUUCCUGAAAUGAAUCACAGGGAUGACAGGAUGUACUUGUUCAGCCUGUUCCUAAGUGGCAUGCAUAAAUCUGCAAAUCAUUUCAAGCACAGUAACCUCUGCCCGGCAUAUAAGCCCCAGAAGUCCUGAAUUGAAGAGAAGGACUAUUACAGCUCUGAAGUCUGAGUCUUGCUGAGUGUCCAGCAAACAGAAACUCUCCAAUUCUCCAGUUGUUUGUUAAAGCAAUUUUAUAGAGGUUUAUAACUCAUAUCAAGAGUAGCUUGUGCAGUUUCAAAGGUUAUUAAUUAUUACACAUGUACUGGAUUUGCCACAAGAGGUUGCUGUAUGCCUACAGUUUGUUCCAGCUCUGCCAGCUGAGCUGCCCUCAGAAAUGCAGCUAUUUUCUGCCAAGGAGGUAUAUUUUAAUUUGCUGGAAAAUUUUCAAAGAAAAGGAACAGAUAAGUUUAUGAAAACAUCAUUUGGUAUUUCAUGGGGCACAUGACUACCUAGAAGCUGUGAAGAUACAAAGGGCAUAAUUCCAUGGUAACAAAAAGACUCCCUACCCUUUCUCCGGUCUCUGGGUUCCCUGUGGAGUCAGAUACAAGUGAGACUGAUGCCUUAGAUUUUAACUUUCAUAUUUUUCAAAUCCUAUACUGCCUGGUGUGUAACUCUGAAGUUUCUUGUAGCCUGUUAAUUUC